AGUCCAAGAUGGCCGCGAUGACAGAUAUAUCGAGCUGUUAACCGAAUAUGGGAUACGCCUAAAUUUUCAGUUUACAUCGACGCAUCACUUAGACACUGUAGUACAAUGAGCAUAAUAAAUACGUGCAGUGAUAUGAAAGGUGGAGGAUGCACCAGAGACAUAUGACUUUUGCAAACGUGCAAAUUUGUCUUAACUCAUACGUAUGCUACGCUCUGUGUUCACUCUGUUUCUUUUUUUCAUAACGAGUAAUCUGUUCGUUUGCGACAAGAACUUGCUAUAAGAGGAUCUCGUACUGAACUGCCCACAUACAAGGUUGUGAUAUUCAUGUGUUAGAAAAUUCAAGCUACUGUUAGGAUAAUAGAAAAAAAAAAAGAAAAAUGGAGGCAAUUGUAGAAUAUAACUAUGAAGCACAAGAACCUGAUGAAUUAACUUUAAAGAAAGGGGACAUUAUUACUGAAAUUAAAGUAAUGUUAGGUGGCUGGUGGGAAGGUACUUUAAGAGAUAAACGUGGCAUGUUUCCUGAUAAUUUUGUCAAGGUAUUGGAACCCCUAUCAAGCGGAACUGUUGGAAGUACAGGGAGUGGAGGAAGCGAAGGAACUAGUAGUGCUAAAUCUGAAGAUGUUUCCCUAAAAAAUGGAGGAUCUAAAAAAAGAUUUUGUAAAGUGCUUUUUAAUUAUGAACCAUGUAAUAAAGAUGAAUUAACUUUAGUACCCCAAGAUUCUAUAGAAUUUUUGGGUGAAGUAGAAGAGGGAUGGUGGAGAGGUAGACUUAAAGGCAGAGUUGGUGUUUUUCCAUCAAAUUUUGUUUCUCCUCCAGUCUAUGAAGAGUCUGAUAAACACAAAGAUCAAGAGAGCAAGAAACUAUGUAAAGUACUUUUUCCUUAUGAAGCUGCUAAUAUUGAUGAAUUGACAUUAAAUGAAGGAGAUAUAAUAACUCUUCUAUCUACAAAUGCGUCUGAUAAGGGUUGGUGGAUAGGAGAAUUAAAUGGUCAAGUAGGUUUGUUUCCUGAUAAUUUUGUUGAAGUAUUAAAUAUUCCACCUGAUCAGCAAGAUCAUGAACAGAAACUUAAACCACCUGUGAAAUCUCUAAAAUAUUCUCAUCUAAUAAAGAAAAAUGGAAAAGUGCAUACUAAAAAAAGUUUGGAUGUAAAAGACAUACAUGCAGAUGUAGCUAAGAAAAUCAUAUCAACAGCAGCACCUUCUGCGACAUCAACUUCUCCAGGAGUUGGAGGAAGUAGUGCAGAAAGGAAAAGUAUAAGUGGACAUCCUAUUCCAUCGAAUUUAAAACGCCUUGUAGGUGAUGUGGGAUCUAAUAAUGGUAAUGGAAAUACCAAUAUAGCUCUGGGUGAAGAAUUAGAUGGUGUGGAGCGAGGAGAAGGAGCACCCCUUUCACAUUUAACAGCUUCUCGAGCUAAAGCACCCAACCGACGACCACCUUCGUCACAACGCUUACGACGCCACAUUGGACUACCAGUUAUCACAAGCAAUACAAUAUCUGAAGAUAGUUUAUCAAACGGCAAUGCAGACACAAUAUUAGAACAAUUACGAGAUGAAGAACCUGAGGGAUUGGCUGCAAAAGCAAGAAGAAAAGCACCUUGGGUAGAGGAAUUAAAAUUAAACCAAUUGGAAAGGAGAAAAAUUGUAUCAGUAGAUCGUACUGAUAAAUCUGAAGAAAAAAAAGAACGUCCUAGUUCACGACUAUUAACAACGACAAAUGUCGCCGAUUGUAUUAAUAAAUUAGAAGCGGAAAGUGAGGAAAGUAAACAGAAAGAUAAAGGUCAAAGCCAGAAAUGUGACACAUCUCCACAUCUUGAACAAGUCUCGUCUACUCCUGGAACUCCUCCUACUUAUGUUCCAUUUGCACUUUACAAUCAACUAUUAGAAAGGGUUGUUGCCUUAGAAGAGAAACAAGCAAUGUUAUUACAAACAAUGGGACAAAUUUUGGAACAAGUUCAACCUCUUGCAUCUUCAACGUUUACAAUCAACACUCCAGAUUAAUCAACAUAAAUUCUACAAUUAUAUGUUAGCUAUGUGCAAAUAUGUAAAUAUCACCCAGUAUCAUAAAUGAGUUGAAGUAAAUUCCUAUAAAUUUGCAAUUUAGCUAUACUACAUAUAUCACCUAAAAAAUUCUAGUCUGAAACAAACAGAUUGCAGUGAUUAUAGGAUUGAAGUGCCAGGGCCAAUGAAACUAACACUGUCACUAUAAAUAUCAUUGUUAAUAAGUAUAUCUUUCAGAAAGUAAUGAUUUCAUUUUACAUACUAAUUUUUGUUUUAUAAAUUUUGUUUGUUUUAUAUCAAAAUAUUCAUACAAAAUUUAAAUAAAUUUCUUCUAAAUAGAUAUAUUUUAAUUUAAUAAAAAAAUUAAUAAAUCUUAUUAAUUACAAUCCUUUCAUUUGUAAUAUCUUCAUUAUCUCCAGAAUGUUAAUAUUUUUAAUCUAAAGAUUUUUAUAGUUUCCUUUUAUAUAUAUGAUUAGUUAAAAUAAAAAAUAACGUCAUUACAUUUUGAACGAUAUCCGAUAUAGAGUAUUAGUAUUAUAUAAAAUUUUUACACAUUUCUGCUGAAUGUAGCUUAUUUAAAUGGGAUAUAAUCAUAAUUAAGGGGUGAAAUGAUUAUAAAAUAUUUCUUUUGUAUAUGAGAAGAAAGACACUAGAAAAUGUUAAAUUUUUAUAGCUUUAGAUUUAUAUAUAUACUUUCAUUUGUAUAUUUUUAUAUUAAAUUUCUUUCUUAUUCUUCUUAUUAUUAUAAUUAGUUGUUACUAAUUGAAUAUAGGAUGCAUUUGUAUUAAUGUAGCAUAAUUUCAGUUACUAAAAAGAUUUGUAUAAUUAUGCCAUGAGUACAAGUCCUUCAGAAGAUUUAUGUAAAUCAAAAAUUUUAAAAUAUCUACAUAAAUAUGCAAUAUCAUAAUUAUCAGUGUGCUACAAUUCAUUAAAGAAAAUUUAAAAUCAUGCUUAAAAUGCAAUAGAUUCUAUCUGAAAGUAUCUUUUAUGUAGCAUCCGUCCCCAGCUUCAAGGCAAAAGCACAAAUUUGUUGCAUAGUAGAAUUCAAAAUAUUGUUUUGAUGUAUGCAUUUCUUAAUAAAUUAUGCUGAUGUUUUAUAAAUAAUUGAAUAAAGUUUUUCAUAGUUUUUUUUUUUUAAUAAUAUCUAUUACUGUACAUAUGGAAAUAAUGUAUAUGUUUAUGUUAUAUGGAUAUUGUGCUAAGUUUAUUCAAUUUUUUAUUCAUUACAGUGAAUAAAUGCAGUAAAUGAACACAAUGCAAUGCAAUUAAAUUAAAUUUAAUUUCAAUAAUUAUACAAGUCAUAAGUAAUUUUCAAACAAAUAUUUUUAUUGUACAUUCAUUAGUAUUUCUGUAAAAAAGAAAAAGUAAAAUAAAAGAAGAAGACAGAAGAGUUAUGUUACUUAUUAUAUUUGUACACAAUUGAUUUAAUCUGAAAACAGCUUAGCACACUGACCACAUUUAAGGAAGUAAUUGAUAUCAUUCCAUAAGAGAAAAUAUUAUUAAUAAAUCCUUUUAUACUUUUAUAUAUUAUCACAAUUAAAGAAUUAAUGUAAGAUUUUUAUGUAAAAAUACGUUGAAAUUCUAUGAAAUAUCAAGACUUCCAUUCGUAAAUUUUUGCAAAUGAACAUGUGACAAUAAUAGUCCUAAGUAAAAAUAACAAAAUUUUCCAAUUUCAUGAUGAUGUUUUACUAUUUUUACACAAUAAUUUUUUUUCAAAUUUAUAAGGAAAUUAAAAUUUGAAAUAUAACUAGAUCAAAGAUAUGUUUAAGUUAAGAAAUAAUUACUUACGUACUAUAAUUUUGAUGGAAAAUGUCUUCCUUUAGAAACGAAUGUUGUAGAUCAUAGGCUAUUUACUAUUACAUACAUAAAGCAACGAUGGAAUAAUAAUGUCUGUGUGGUAUUAAUUUGCAUUUUGAUAGAAACUUGCUUCGUAUAAAAUAUUUUUAUAUCACAUGCACAUAUUUUGAACCGUUUUAUGUUUUAUAUUUAAAAAUUAAUAUUUCUGUUAUUAACAUGCAUAUAUGUCAAAAGUUUGUCAUUUAUAGGAUGCAGAUUAAUUGCUUCAAAUUAAUUAUAUAUAU